GGUCUCUGGUUACGAGAAGUUCACCACUGCUCUAUGGUGAAGUAUGGAUCUGAUUUCCUCAUAUUGUUCUCAAAUCCUACGAUAUACUCUUCUCUUCCAAUAUAUAAUAUUUCUUGCUUCUGUUGAUGAUAACAGUACUUUCAAUUUUGAAUUGUCUCUUGCCUUUUCCGUACACAUUUGUAUGGGAGGAUUUACAAGUGAGUUAUACUCCAAAUUUGUGUGUCGGUCACUUUAAAGGGGGGCGGUACUGCGUGGUCGCCCCGCCCUUCUGGAGAACCCGGAAAUGACCGGUUCGUGAUCUUGACGCUGGUUUGAACUCUCCUACGUGUGUCGGGACACAAUGUCUGCAUUAAGCGGCGUCGUGAAGAAUUCGCUUCCUUUUCUGGUAUUUAAUGUUACAAUUGGCCGAAAAUAUUUACCGUGGUUUUUCUUUGCUCUUUCACUUGGAGGGUCAUUAUUGAAAGAGUUGGCUGUUGUGCCGAGCUCAUACUUCAGCAGCAGUGGAAACGUUUUGAACGUAUAUUUUGUGAAAGUGUCAUGGGGAUGGAACCUGGUCCUGUUGCUACCAUUUAUAUUGCUGUCCAACUCCUACGACAGAAACUUCAUCUUCGUGUCCAAACGCCUCACGUGUCUUGUGGUAGCCACAGCCAUUUGGUACUCCUGCACUGAGACGUUCUUCUACAUCGAAGAUGUCACAGGGGUAUGCUACAAGUCAGACAAAAUGGCAGAGAUCCUGCAGGGUUUCGACACAAAGGCCGAGUGCAGAAAUGCCGGACACUUUUGGGAAGGUUUUGACAUAUCUGGCCACUCCUUCAUAUUAUCUUACUCAACACUAUUAAUUGUGGAAGAAAUGGUUCCAAUGCUAUACCUUGUGCAACACUACCAAAACAGAACCACCGUCCUUGAUGCCCUGUAUCUUGCACUCAAUGCAAUUGCAGUUAUCUGGGUGUGGAUGUUCGCCUGCACCUCGGUGUACUUCCACAACACGUUCCAGAAGUUUCUGGGCACUUUGUUUGGUGUGUUGGGCUGGUACAUGACCUAUAAGGUUUGGUACAUGAACCCUUUUUCACCGGGACUCCCUCCUCGCCAGAUUGACCGUAAACAACAUGACUAGACUUAAGAGUUUAACUUGAAAUAUCGCAGUGGAACAAACUGACAUGGAAAGCUAUGACUCCAACCUUUUGACCAGGGUUAUUUGCAGGUCUGCUACAUGUAUUGUCUGUCCUAUUAAAAGGUCGUUUGUGACCAAGGGAUUUGUGUGCUUGACUCAUGGAGGUGGUUGGCAGCUGGUGUUCCAAAACUGUCUCUGUAAUUGGAGAGUGUAAAGCUUAAUGUUGCCUUUUUAAAAUAAGUGGCUUCUGAUGGAGGAUUCAUGAAAUCUCCUCAGUGUGCAACUUUACAUAAGUUUGCAUACAAUCAGUGCUUUAAGCAUGUGUCCCAGAUGCUACAAUGUCUGGUUUUCUUAUUGGUGCCUCAGUUUAAAAAAAAACAUCCAUAACACUCAGUAUAAGUUCUAGCAAAACCUGUUGCUAAUGAAUGUACAGGUACAUCUAAAAAAAAUAAUAAUAAUCUCGUGGAAAAGUUUGGUUUUUUUCCAUAAUUUAAUUCAAAAAGUGGAACUUUCAUAUAUUCUAGAUUCAUUACACAUAAAGUGCAAUAUUUUAGGCCUUUUUUUUUUCUUCUUUAAAUCUUGAUGAUUAUGGCUUACAGCUCAUGGAACUCAAAAAUCCAGUAUCUCAAAAUAUUAGAAUAAAGAAUUUAUAAUACAGAAAUUUCAACCUGAGGCGAAGACUCUAAUCAGCUGAUUAACUCAAAACACCAGCAAAGGUUUCCUGAGGCUUUAAUCUCUCAGUCUGAUUCAGUACACGACCACAAUCACGGGGAAGAUGAAAGUAAAUUUCGCAUUUGAUUUGGAAAUCAAGGUCCCAGAGUCUGCAGGAAGAGUGGAGAGGGACAGAAUCCAAGCUGCUUGAAGUCCAGUGUGAAGUUUCCACAGUCAGUGAUGAUUUGGGUUGCCAUGUCAUCUGCUGGUGUUGGUCCAGUGUGUUUUCUCAAGUCGAGAGUCGAUGCAGUGUCUACCAGGAGAUUUUAGAGAACUUCAUGCUUCCAUCUGCUGACGAGCUUUAUGGAGAUGCUGAUUCUCUUCCAGCAGGACUCUGCACCUGCCCACAGUGCCAAAACUUCUAGUAACUGGUUUACUGACCAUGGUGUUACUGUGCUUGAUUGGCCAACCGACUCGCCUGACCCGAACCCCAUAGAGAAUCAAUGAGAGACACCAGACCCAACAAUACAGACGAGCUGAAGGCCGCUAUCAAAGCAACCUGGACUUCCAGAACACCUCAGCAGUGCCUCAGGCUGAUCGCCUCCAUGCCACACCGCAUUCAUGCAGUAAUUCCUGUGAAAGUAUUAAAACCCCGAACGAGUAUCGGCGCAUAAAUUAUCAUACUGUUCACAAGGUCGACAUUUCUGUAUUAUAAAUUCUUUAUUCUAAUAUUUAGAGAUACUGGAAUUUCGAUUUCCAUGCCGUAAGCCGUAAUCAAGAUUAAAACCAAAUAAAAAGGCUUGAAAUAUUCGACUUUGUGUAAUGAAUCUAGACUAUAUGAAGGUUCCACUUUUGGAACGAAAAUACGGAAAAAAUGUACUUUUCCACGAUAUUCAAAUUUUUUGAGAUGCACCUGUAUUGCAAAGAUUGAGGUUAUAUUUAUAUAUAUAUAUAUACCACAGCACUGUUGAAUUCUCGAUUCUGAUUGGUCAGAACGUGUUAAUGUAUGUUAAUUUUCAGACUGAAAGGCAAAUUACGUCUAGAUCAAUGCGCUCAUUUUAAUACGUUAUCGUUUCUAUAGCAACAGCUAAUUCAGGGACUUGUACGACGGACACGCACAAAAACGUAUGGAAAAACGUGAGCAGUUGCUGCUGUGGUGAAGUUUUCGUAAGAAGUCUCCAGUGUCAGCGCUUUCUGGAACUGUCUGAGGUAAAGCCGUAACUUUAUGUUUUCCAAAACAAAAGAGAAAAUUAUUCCAUGUGGUUUCGUUCCUUGGUAAAAUGACAAGUUGUAAUUUUUUUGUUUUUUUUAAAAAUUAAUUUCAAGCAAGAGAAAUAUUAAAUUAAACUAAAACGUACGAUAUGUUCUUUGAUCAAUGAAUAAUUGUUACCAUUUUGCUGAUAUAAGGUGAAUAAAGGGGCUUGGUGGUGUAGGGAAAUAAUUCAAUUCAAGCUUGUAUAAUCAACUACAUCACUGAUUAUUUUCCCAUAACGGUGUGCUCUAUUGUGUUUUAUUCCAUUCUUAGUGUCAUUUAGUGGCGCUCUCAAGUUUUGCUGAGUGCACUGAUUUACAUAGAACAUUGUCUUUCUAUAUUAUUUAAUUAUCCUGAUAACUACCUACAGAAUAGGUAGCUACAAUAGUGAUUUUUGCUUUUCUCGCUACUCUCGCGUUUUGAUUCCGUGUCUAUACUUGUAUACUUAUCUAUGAGUUUGAGAUGCACUGUAAAUAUCGCCUAAUUAUGUCAUUGUUAUAACAUAACAUGCUUUUUUUGUGUAAGUGUUUGCCCUUAUGAUCAUUUGUACUACUCGGCUAGUUAUUGUUAUUGGCUGAGUAUUAUUUAGCCUUGUAGUAUAAUUUAGCAUUAUAGAUGUUUUCGAAUGCAGCUCAUCGUAAAAUUACCUCUGACUGUAAUGCAGGUUUUCCUAUCGUAUGUUGUGCGAUUUAUAGUUUUGAAACCUCAACUGAAUCCUUGCGUUACAUGUCAUAUAUUAUAACACUUUGUGACCUUUGUUUGUCAGUUUCAACUCGACUCGGACCUGACAGAAGUGGCUUGUCUUGACUAACCCCUUGAAGUCCCAGUUACCGGCAUUUAUUCUAAAGUAUAUUAUUCAGUUACUAGGAAUUGUGCCGUUAUAGAUAAAAGAUGUAUUGAUGAGUGAGACGUGAGAAAUUAGAUCUGUUCCUGGGAGUUUAAGGGGUUGCACUUUUAGAUGUAUUUAAAUUAGUCAUUGAGUGAUUUUAUGAUGACUUAUUGGGGACCUGACUGAAUUAUCACAUUACCAUUUAAAUUCUGUAUUAAAAAUCUUAUGAUUUUGUGGCCUA